AAAAGAUGAUGAACAAUUUUUUAAGUACACUCGAAUGACAGUCAACCAAUUUGAAAAGUUGCUGGAUAUUUUUAAACAUAGAUUAAUAAAAAUCAGUCCAAGAAAGCCAUUAAGUCCGGAGUUUCGGCUGGUUAUGACAUUGUAUUAUCUUGCCCAUGGACCGAGCAUGCAGGUAGUUGCAUGGAGCUUCUGUGUUUCCAAGUCCACAGUCAGCAACGUAAUACGAGAGACUUGUGCAGUUAUCUGGGAUGAAUUAUCCCCAAUUUACUUAAAACCACCAACUACUGAAGAAUGGGAAAUUAAAGCAACGGAGUUCUGGUAUCGCUGGAAUUUACCUAAUUGUUUUGGUGCGAUGGACGGGAAACAUAUAACGAUUCAAGCUCCAAAAAAAUCGGGUUCGCAGUAUUUUAACUAUAAAAAAACGUUUAGUAUAGUUCUAAUGGCAGUUUGCGAUGCUUUUUAUUUGUUUACACUUGUUGAUGUCGGUGCUUUCGGAUCUCAAAGCGACGGUGGCAUUUUUAAAGAAUCGGCAUUUGGGAAAGCUAUGGAUAAUAAUGAAUUAGGCCUUCCAGGUUCUACCAAUUUACGUGGAACUAAUAUCGCGUUCCCGUAUUUUGUGGCUGCAGACGAAGCCUUUCCACUUAAGCACUAUAUAAUGCGGCCUUAUCCCGGAACAAAUUUAUCAGAAAAACAACAAAUUUUUAAUUACCGCCUAUCACGUGCUCGACGCGUUAUUGAAAAUACCUUUGGCAUUUUAGCCAGUCGGUGGCGAAUUCUACAUACUAACAUAAUUGCCAGUGUUAGUACAAUUGAAAGAAUUGUAUGCGCUACAUUAUGUUUACAUAACUUCGUUAAAAUAGAAGAAUUGUCAAGUAAGCAGCGUUAUUAUUGUCCAGAUAAUUAUGUAGAUCGUUAUGAUGAUUCAGGAUGUGUCAUUCUUGGUGACUGGCGAGUAAACUGUCCUCAGAUUGAUGAAUUAGGUCGCACAGGGACAAAUCGUUCUACACGAGCGGAUAUUGAUUUACGAAAUACCCUUGCUGAUUAUCUUGUGUCGCCAGAAGGAAAAGUAGAUUGGCAGUAUAAUUAUGUAAAACGAGGAAGUUUUUAAAAUGUAUAAAUAUAUUUUCAGAUAUUAACUAUCAAUAUA